GCAUUCUACCCUUCGACCUGCUUGAUUGACGAUCAGACGCUGCUCUUUCUUUCGGGCAGCCGUGGUCGCUGGGAGCCUGCCAAGGACGUGCUGGAAGUCUUCCUCUUGGACCUCGAGGCCUGGGUAUGGAGCCGACCAUCCCUCCAGGGGAUCCCGCCGUGCCCCCGUGUGGGCCAAACAGUGGCGGCUGUGGGUGACCGCGUGUACCUCUUCGGCGGAUUGACCCUGCGUGGCGAUGCAGCCAUCGUGGACAAGGCCGUGUACUUGCUCGAGACGACACAGGAGAGGCGACUCGACGGUACAAGUCUGGCGCAAGCCAAGGCGUCCGACUUGAAGCCCACGCUGAAGAGCCUCGUGCCGGAGCCCGGCUUCGUUGAGUCUUGUGCAAAGACGUUGUCAGAGGAGAAAAACCAGCGCGACAUCACGGAGAAAGCUACUACUGCCGGCACGACGCCCUGCGACAGCCCUCGCGGCACCACCGCUUCCAGCACGGGAGACCGAGGUGCCUCUCUCGUCGAGCACUUCGGCGUUCCGGAGUGCGGCGAGCCUCAAGAAGAAGACGAGGAGAUGGAGGACGAGCCCGAGUUGAGUUUCGAGGAGCUCCUUGAGCAGGAGAAAGCUUUCUUCAAAACGCAGAGCAAGAAGACAUCUUUCCCACGGUCGCAAGCCUCUCAAGAGGUUCGCCGAAAGGACAACCGCGGAAAGAAGGGCAGCAAGCCGUAA